AUGUCGUUCUCGAACCCACCCAAUAUGGUCUUCAUUGACCCAUUCACUGGCGAGCAAAGCACGGCUAUGCAGACCCCUGGCGCACAGCCACAGCAUGCGGGAGCCACGUACUUCCACAAUCCACAUGCUGCCGCCGCCGCCACCCUUUAUUCGACGACGCCCAUGGCAGUCAACACCGCCCACCUGCACCAGGCCCAACAGACGCUGGUCGCAAACAACUCGGUCGCAGCAGCAGCUGCCGCAGCGGCCACAAUCAACGCCGCGACCACAGGCGGCGCAGUCGGUCCGGACCUCCACCGGCGGUCCCCGAGCAGCGGCCGGUCGGUCUCGGGCAUCGAUCACGCACAGAGACGCGCCACGCAUAAUGCGAUUGAGCGUGCGCGGCGCGAGUCUCUGAACGGGCAGUUCCAGGAUCUGGCGUCGGCAGUGCCAUCGCUGAUCCAUGUGCGGCGGCCGAGCAAGGCGACGAUCGUGGAGAAGUCGCUCGACUACAUCCGGUCGUUCAAGGACCAUCUCAACAACCGUGACCAGUACAUCAAGAAGCUGCAGCUGCGCAACCUGGCGCUGCACGACGAGGUGAACCGCCUGCGCCAGCAGCUGGGCCUGGAGCCCAUUGCUGAUGCUGGUGAGCCGGCUGAGAUCCUUCCCUCGCUGGACGACAUUGUGACCGGCAAGGCCGACGCUAAGGCGUGCAGCCCGCUUAGGUCCGUCGUCACAGCCGAGUCGCUCGCCGAGGAGUCGGCAGGGCUUGCUGCUCGGAACCAGCAGCACAUCCACGAGAUCAAACCAGCCGCGCUGCGGGUCAACACCAGUGCUGCCCUGAUUGCGGCUCGCACGGGCUCGUCGUCACACAGCGACAGCGGGUCCAUCGAUCACUCACCACUCAACAUGUCGCCUGCCUCGGCGCCGUUGCUGUCCCAGAUGCCCUCGCUGACGAUGGGCAUGGGCGCUCCGCAGAUGCACACAUCUGGCGAUAGCGCGGCGGCGGCAGCGGCGGCAGCAGCGGCAGCGGCCUUUGUGGCUCAUGCCACGGCGGCCCAGCAACAGCAGGUGAUGGCUGGCAUGUCGGUCAACCCGGCGGUGACGCUGGGCAAUGUCAUUGACAUGUCAGCAAUGGCCAGCGUUACGGCGGCGCCGGGCGGCUGGGACGAGCAGAAGAGCAUGCCUAAUUAUAUCCCGCAGGCUGGUGCGGCGAACCAAUCAGCUGGUCUGAGCGGCAUCGACUAUAGCCAGUUCUCGCAAGUGCUCUCUGCAGUCACAUCGUCGACCUCCAUGCCGAUCGUGACAUCAGCCAGCCUGUCCGACACUCCUCUCGCCACGCUGUCGCUCAAUGCUCAGCAGAAGCAGCAGCAGCAGCUCGACAGCAACAUUGUCGUCGUUGUCGUCUUUGUCUAA